AUGUAUCGUCUAGUUCCAAAGUGCCAUCUCAAUUUCAAAUCAACAGCUCAAAAACCAGUUGAAUAUAAGUAUGGUCCACACUCGGUUGCCAUCGGUGAUUUUGAUAAUGACACUGUGUUGGAUAUGGUUGUUGCCAAUCAUAUAGUAAACAAUAUAGCUGUGUAUUUGGGAAAUGGUGAUGGCAGUUUUAGAGAUCCAACUAUGUAUUCAACAGGUUCCUACUCUAGUCCUUACAUGGUUACCGUUGCUGAUUUCAACAAUGACAAGCGAUUAGAUAUUGCAGUAGCGAAUUUUGGCACUAACUAUAUUAGCAUCUUUCAAGGAUUUGGGAAUGGGUCUUUUGCAAAGCAAAUAGAGUUUUCAACAGGUUCAUCUCAUCCGAUAGCAAUUAUUGCUGUUGAUUUCAAUAAUGACUCACUACUUGAUAUUGCUACUGCCAAUUAUGGAACUCACAGUGUUAGUAUAUUCUAUGGAUAUGCUAACGAAACUUUUUCGCUUCCAAUUACGUAUUCAACAGGUUAUGAUUCUCGUCCAUCCGCAUUAGCUGCUGGAGAUUUCAAUAAAGACAAUUGUUUAGACCUCGCCAUUGCCAACUAUGGCACGAAUAAUAUUGGUAUACUUUUUGGAAACGGCAACAAGACUUUUGCAAAACAAACAACGUUUUCAACUGGUUUAGAUUCUCAUCCAUACUCCAUUGUGGUCGACGACUUCAAUGCUGACAACUUUCUCGAUAUAGCUAUCACGAAUUCUGGAACUCACCAAGUAGGUGUACUUAUAAACAAUGGCAAUCAAACUUUUGCCAGCCAAGUCACUUAUACCAUUAGUACGGCUUCUCCAUAUGCAAUUGGCGUCGGAGACUUCAACCAAGACCAUCGAUUAGACAUUGUCAUCACUAAUAAUGGCAUUGAAAAUAUAGGUGUACUUCUUGGAUAUGGAAACGGUGCCUUUGAAAAUCCAAUUAUGUAUUCAACCAGAUCUUCUUCCUCGAUUUGUCUUGCCAUUGGCGAUCUCAACAAGGACCAUCGAUUAGACGUCAUUGUUGUAAACAACGAUACUGGUAGCAUAGAUAUUUUUCUUGGUCGGUAUGAAGGCUUUCCCAAUGAAACAAGAUAUUCCGUUGGCUAUUGGCCACGCUCUGUAGCUGUUAGUGAUUUCAAUAAAGACAAUCGACUAGAUAUCGUUGUCGCCAAUUAUGGUACUGAUGAUGUGAGUAUCCUUUUUGGUUAUGGGAACGGUUCUUUUACAAAAGAGAAAAGAUAUUCAGUUGGUUCUGAACCAUUCUUCGUCGCUAUUGGUGAUGUCAAUAACGAUACUCGACUAGAUAUCAUUGUCGCCAAUAAUGGUAGCAAUGAUGUGAGUGUUCUUCUUGGAUAUAAGAAUGGUUCUUUUAGAAAAGAAACAAGAUAUUCAGUUGGCUCUGGUCCGCAUUCUGUAGCUAUUGGUGAUGUCAAUAAUGACACUCGAUUAGAUAUCAUUGUCUCCAAUUUUUACAGCAAUGAUGUGAGUAUUCUUCUUGGAUAUGGGAACGGUUCUUUUAGAAAAGGAAAAAGAUAUUCAGCUGGCUAUUAUCCCACAUCUGUAGCUAUUGGUGAUUUCAAUAAUGACAAUCGACUAGAUAUCGUUAUCGCCAAUGACGAUAACGAUUAUGUGACUGUGCUUCUUGGAUAUGGGAAUGGUUAUUUUAAAAAUGAAACAAGAUAUACAGUUGGCUCUUGGCCAUUUUCCGUAGUUAUUAGUGAUUUCAAUAACGAUACUCGACUAGAUAUCGUUGUCGCCAAUUAUUUGAGCAAUGAUGUGAGUAUCCUUCUUGGACAUGAGAACGGUUCUUUUACAAAUGAAACAAGAUAUUCAGUUGGCACUAGUCCAUCAUCUGUAGCUACUGGUGAUUUCAAUAACGAUAGCCGACUAGAUAUCGUUGUGGUCAAUUACUAUAGCGAUGAUCUGAAUGUGCUCCUUGGAUAUGAGAACGGUUCUUUUACAAAAGAAAAAAGAUAUUCAGUUGGCCAUUCUCCCGUAUCUGUAGCUAUUGGUGAUUUCAACAACGAUACCCGGCUAGAUCUCGUUGUCGCCAAUGAAGAUAGCAAUGAUGUGAGUGUCCUGCUGCAAUAUAACAGAGGAGCAAUAGCAUAUGAAAUGGCCUAUGCAUCUGGCGGUGGGUCUAGCCUACAAUGUAUAGUGAUUGGUGAUUUGAAUAAUGACGCUAAUAUGGAUAUCGUUUUGGCUAAUUACGGUACUGAUAAUGUAGGUGUCCUUUUUGGAUAUGGAAAUGGCAGUUUCAAAAAUCAAAUGAUGCUUAUCACUGGUCCCAAUUCUCAUCCAAACUCGAUUACACUUGGCGACUUUAAUGGUGACAAUUUAAUAGACAUCGCUAUAGUUAAUUAUGGUACAAGGCAAGUUGGUAUGAUUUUAGGUAAUGGAAACGGAACAUUUGGAAGUCAAAGUAAUGGAGGAAUUAGCUUUGAUUUUCGUUCGUUAGCUGUGGUUUCUGGUGAUUUUAAUAAUGACAAACGAUCGGAAAUCGCUGUCAUCUACGACGGAAGGGACAAUGUAGAUAUCUUUGUUCCAUACAAUCUUGGUUCUUUUACACAAGAAACAAGAUAUUCGGUUGGCACUUAUCCACAAGCUGUAGCUAUUGGUGAUUUCAAUAACGAUACAUGGCUAGAUAUUGUUGUCGCCAAUUAUUGGAGUUAUGAUGUGAGUAUCCUUUUUGGACAUGAGAACGGUUCUUUUACAAAUGAAACAAGAUAUUCAGUUGGCACUAAUCCAUCAUCUGUAGCUAUUGGUGAUUUGAAUAAUGAUAAUCGACUGGAUAUCGUUGUCGCCAAUUAUGGUGGUGAUGAUGUGAGUAUCCUUUUUGGUUAUGAGAACGGUUCUUUUACAAAAGAAAAAAGAUAUUCAGUUGGCUCUAAUCCACGCUCUGUAGCUGUUGGUGAUUUCAACAACGAUACCCGACUAGAUAUCGUUGUCGCCAAUGAAGCUAGCAAUGAUGUGAGAAUCCUUUUUGGUUAUAAGAAUAGUUCUUUUACAAAAGGAAAAAUAUAUUCAGUUGGUUCUGCACCAUGUUCCGUAGCUAUUGGUGAUUUCAAUAAUGAUAAUCGACUAGAUAUCGUUGUUGCCAAUUAUGGUAGUGAUGAUGUGAGUAUUCUUUUUGGUUAUGAGAACGGUUCCUUUACAAAACAAACAAGAUAUUCCGUUGGCUCUCGUCCCACAUAUGUAGCUAUUGGUGAUUUCAAUAAUGAUACUCAACUAGAUAUCGCUGUCGCCAAUCGUUAUAGUAGUGAUGUGAGUGUCCUUCUUGGAUAUGAGAACGGUUCUUUUACAGAAGAAACAAGAUAUUCAGUUGGUUUUGAACCAUAUUCUAUAGCUAUUGGUGAUUUCAAUAACGAUACAUGGCUAGAUAUCGUUGUCGCCAAUUCUGGUAGCAAUGAUGUGAGUAUUCUUCUUGGAUAUGAGAACGGUUCUUUUACAGAAGAAACAAAAUAUUCGGUUGGCCCUCGUCCAUGUUCUAUAGCUGUUGGUGAUUUUAAUAAUGACACUCGACCAGAUAUCGUUGUUGUCAAUUCUGCUAGGAAUGAUGUGAGUGUUCUCCUUGGCUAUGAUCAUAUAGUUUUUGUAAAGCAAAUGACGCUAGUAACUGGAAAUGGUUCUCGACCUCAGUCACUAGUAAUAAGCGAUUUGAACAAUGAUGGUCUAAUGGAUAUUGGUGUCGUCAAUUCACUUACUGCUAGUGUUGGUGUUUUUCUUGGAUAUGGAAACAUAUCUUUCACAAAUCAAGUUACAUAUUCAACUCAUCCGUACUUAUUUCCUUGUGCUAUGGCCGUAAGCGAUUUCAACAAUGAUACUCAAGUAGAUAUCGUUUUUGUCAGUUGUGCCUCGGAAAAUAUUGGUGUUGUCUUUGGAUAUGGCAACGGCUCUUUUAGAAAUGUGAUACCGUAUUCAAUAGGUUCAAGUUCGUCCCGAUAUUCUCUAGCUGUAAGCGAUAUGAAUAAUGACACUAUACAGGACAUUAUCAUCGCGAUUUAUAAGAACAACAGUCUAGGUAUAUUAUUGGGAUACCGUGAUGGCACAUUUGCAAGUAUUAUUCCAUUUCCAUUGGACUAUGGAUCCAAUCCAUUUUCCAUUACCAUUGCAGACUUCAACAAUGACAAAAAAUUAGAUAUUGUGGUCGUGAAUAACGAAACUGACAGCUUAAAUAUUCUGUUGCAGACUUGUUAG